CAGGCGCCUCGGCCUUGUCCUCUGUAGAGCGGGGAUCCCAGUCCUCACUCUGACGCCCUUCUGGGUGGAUUCAGUAUCGGAUGUGACAGCACUCUGUAAACUGGAAAGCUCUGGAUGAAUGGUGGGGAUUAUGACUAACCCGAGUCCGGCAGCCACCGGCCGGCCCGCAGUGCUCUGGCCUAUUGCCCCCGCGUCAGCCGCGCGCGUCCUGCGCUGCCGUCCGGCCUCCGAGGCCCUGGACCCCAGGAGAGCCACACCUCUUGGAGACAGAGCGAGCACAAGUGAAGAUUCUGCCCCUCUGGCCAUAGGCCCAUCUCCCCUCCUGGGCGUGAGAUGCUGUGGGUGCCGAGUUCGGGGACCUGCACUCUGGGUCCUCACUUGGCCAGCCAGCCAGUAGUGGUUGACAGCACCAGCUCGGUGCCUGCUGCGGGAACACGCUAGCAAACAGAGCGAGACCCUGCCGUCCCAGAGCUGCUGUUUAGUAGGGGGACACGCACACGUGUGUCUGUGUGUGUGUGUGCAUGUGCGCGUGCUCACGCGUGUGGGUGCGCCUGCGAGGUGGAGAAGGAAGCCAGUCAGGCCCUGAGGAGCAGCGGAGCAGCAAGGAGGCUGACGUGGCACAGAGUGGGCAAGAAGGGGACAGCCAGUGUGGUCGGGGUGUCGGGGGCCUCGUCGGUCACUGUGGGCACGUGGGCUCCGCCUCAGUGAGACAGCAGCGGAGUGACAGCCUCGGUGAAGGGUGUGUGUGGAGAAGGGACUCUGGGGCAAACGCAAGUCGAGCAGCGGAGGGCGAGGCUGCUGCAGUCCCCAGGGGGAGAGGAAGGUGGGUGGAGCGGGGCGAUGGCAGUGGAGGUAGGGGCUCGUCCCAGGAGCUCAGCCCUCCGUGGGGACAGGAGGACACGCUGGAUGGAGGGGGAUGAGAGGUAAGGGAGCAGCCGCUCUGAAGCUGGAGACAGCAGCAUCUGUGAGCACGCUCAAGGGCAGGACCCCACGGGGACGGUCACUCCUUUGCUAGUCACUGGCCAUCGUGUCGGGUUUGGUGACGCACUCGCCGUAGGGAGAGAAGACUCGGCGCUGGAGAGAGCGUGAGCUUGCCCACAGGCUGAACUGGGCGAAGCUCACUCCCACCCUCGGAUCUGUGAGGCCGGAGUGCGUGUCCUCCCCGCGACGUGAGAUUCUGGUCCUUACAGCCCAGGACGCCCGACGGUAGUACCCAGGGAAUGCUCGGAAAGCACGGGCGCAGUGCUCAGCACGCACCAGCUACACCACAGAACAGAAAACUACGUCAGCCUGAUGCUGGUCUUCCAGAAGCUUCCACAUCCAGGCAGAUGACCUUUACAAUUUCAACGUAUGCUAACCACACAGAGCCGGCCCACUGUCUCAGCUGAACUCAUGAAAGGUCAAACGUUCUCCGUGUCCCCGGGGCUGGGGUACGUGCCCGUAAUGAGGGCCGCUAGUCGCCCGGGCUGCUGGCAGGGCUCUCGGCAGGGUGCCAAAGACAGCCCGGGCUCAGGGGUGUUUGGGGAGGAGGGGGCAUCCCCAGCAGCUCCACCCCCGCGCCCGGUGACAUGGGGGACCCAAAAGUGAGGCUGGUCGUAGGGCCUGGAGGUGCUUACAGUCCCGGCGAAGGAUGCAAACACGCCGAAUGCCACGAGCGGAAAGAGGCACAGAGCAUUGCGGGGCGGCAGCUCCGGGCGCCUGGCCCUGCCUGGACACCGCGGGUGGCUGGUGGCGCGGCUUCCCGGCUGUGGCCUGAGGCAAGUCCUCUCCAUUCCCCGCCUGUGGUUCCACAGGAGCGUGAGCCUGAGUUGCGGGGCAGUAAGACCAGCACCACCCUCUGAGCCCCCGGUGUUUCGGGCGGUGGCCGCAGCGUGUGCCGGAUGGUCCCCAACGGCAUCAGACCCUCCCAGCGGGCAGUGGGAGCGGCCAGGGAGACAGCUCCAGGACUUCACUGGGAGGGGGACAAAAACAUGGCAUCCCCAAACCGGUCGAUGCUCGGCACACGUGUGCUGAGCCUGGCUCUCUGCCGGGAGCUGCUGGGCAGGAAGGGGCUGCGGGUCUCCAGCCACAGGCAGCGCGCCCACACCCGGGAGCAGAGGGCACAGGGGUGUCGCCCAGGAGGGAGUCUUUGCAGAAGAGCCUUUGUUGCCAGCCACAUUGCUUCAGGCACAGUAUGUUUCCAAAAGCACUUGAACCCAUUACUUGAUCCCUGUAACUCCCUCAUGAACCAGACAGGGCCAGUGCCAUUAUCCCUCUUUUACCUCAGAGAGGCUAAGGGACUUGCCUAAUGUCACACAGCCUUUCGGUGGCAGAGGUAAAGCUAGAAACUGCUUGCAACACACACGAAGGCACUUGUCAAACCGGAAGUGCGGCGGUCCAGCGUGGCUUCUGGUCAGCUCCAAACGGAGGCUGGGCUGGGUCCCUGAGCCGUCCUGCUCUCCCCGCAUGCCUGGGAGUCACUGGACUGCAGGGGACCGCAAGGGUAGUAGGGAGCUCCCCCCAGCAGCGAGAUCUGAGUUCCAAAAGGCUUUGGAAUCUUCGUGAGGGAAGGCCCCUCAGGGUAGGAGAGGAUAUUCUGACAGAAUGGACUGGAAACCUCAAAUAACAAAGAGGAGGGUUACCCAGAAGAGCUUCAGAGGGGACGUGAGCCCCAUUCUGGGCCAUAAAGUGGCUCUGGGGCCCCAGUGCGAGGGAGGGAUGCCCUGGACGGAGGGGCGUGCAGACAUCCCGACAUCUCUAAGGUCUCAGCGCCCCCAGACUUUGCUCCUGGGGGCAGCUGUGUGACCUUAAGUGGCUCCCUUCCCCUCUGGCUCUCAGCCCCCUCAUUCAUCAGAGGCCUCCUCGGAAAGCAGGGUGUGGAUGAACACGGCGCUAGGGCACAGAUCUGCUGCGUCUUUGGCCCGGGUAGGUUACCUCUCGGCCUGCCCCGCGCCAACAGCUGCCUUGAGGACCACACGGUUCUGAGCAGAAAGGGUGUGCACCGCGUCCCGAGGAGCCUCCGCUCUGGGCUCCGGCCAUGUCCUCUCUUCCCCCUGGUUGUACGGUCUCCGAACGGCCUGUGGUAGAAGAGGGAUCCAAACUCAGGACUGACUUCUCAGACAACUGUUCUAGGCCCCCUUUGCAUUUGGGGACCCUGGGGCCAUCCCAGGAAGCAGGUCUGUGUGUCCGUGGAUCCACGUGGCUCGGGCUUUCCCAGCGCAGAGGGGGCCCGGUGUUUGCCCCUUGUGCGGAACCGCAGGCCAAACGGCCCCCACCCCUGCCCCUGGCUGCUGGAGCUGCAGGCCAUACCAGGGGCCCACGCCCUGGGCGGGUGCACAGGGCAGCCAUUGUCUGCGCAGUGCCUGGCACCCUCUCGUUUGCAUAGCCACGUGAAGAAUGCAAGGGAGCAGGCUGGGGACCCGGCUGUGGGGGAGGAAGCCUACGGGUGAGGGUGGGGGGUCAGCUGCCAGACCCUGCUUUCCCCUACUGUGGUCCAGGAAAGGCAGGUGGGCCGCUGGGGAUGGAGGGGGCAGCCGGGGGCUGGCCGGAGUGGGAGCAGGACUGUGACAUUCCCCCCGCACCCAUGCCCGGUGGAGCCCACGGGGCCAAACUGAACGUGAGGGGAUUGCUAAUGAGCUCGAGGAGAGUUAAAUAUUCCCCUGCUCCAGAGGGCUGAGCUGGGAUGGGAGUGAGAAGGGGAAGGCGGCGUGCUAGGAGGGACAGCUUGAACCCUAGGAAUGUGCAGAGGCCACGGCUCCCCAUCAGGCUGCUCUGGAGCUGGGGGCCAGGGCCCGGGGCCUCCAGCCCCAGCAGGAGCUGCUAAGCCGGCCAGCAAGGGGAUUAACGGCGCUGAACAGUCUGCCUUCCUUCAGGUCGAUGCCAGAAGGUCAGGGCUGUCUCCCACCUCCCUGGCCAGGCCCCUUGCUGGCUGGCAGCCAGGUCCGGCCCAGCCUUGAUGCGGUCCCUCUUCUGCCCUCCUCAGAUCUCAAACAGACCCCACAGUGCUUAUUCCCUGGCCUGGCCUCCUCUGCUUUUGAUGCAUAUGGCCCCACAGAACCCGGGACUCCCUCUCCCCAACAUCCAGCCCACUCUCUCCACAUCUGGCCUCGGAGCCCUCUCCAAAAAGUUCUCCCUGAUGUCUAACUCUAGUCUUACCUGCUGCAAAGUAGAAUUCCAUUUUCUUUCCGUCCUACAGUCAGAGGACAGGACACCCCAAGGGGCAGGUCAGCCACGCAAUAGCAAAAUCCAUACUCUCAGGGCUGGCCCUUGAGCAGGAAUUAGAAUUGCAGGACACUUGCAUGGUUCCUAAAGGGGGUUCCCUGGCAGGAAGGCCCUGAGGGCAAACAGGGUCACUCCUCCCAGCCCCUCCCCCUCUCUAUCCCCGGGAGGUGGGGCAAGGGCACCCACCUGAGCCAUGGCCCCGCCCCCCGCCCCCAGGAGCUCUGCUGGGGACCCUGCCCUGGCUUAGGCAGCUGCUGUGGGCGGGCCCCUGGCCUUUCCAGCCCCUGGGCCUCCCCUUGCAUUCUAGAGCCCAGAGCCACUGCCUUUGUUGCCGCUGCUGCCACUGCUGGGCUGCCACCCUCCUUCUCAGCCUCUGGCUCCUCGCGGCUCCUCCAACCCCCACCCAGCAGUCCCUCUUACCUGGCCAUGACCCCCGCCCCCCCAGGGACCCUGGCCCAGCCCUGAGCCCUGGGACCUCCAGCCGCCUCCCCUGGACCAUGGCCAACUCAGGCCUCCAGCUCCUGGGCUACUUCCUGGCCCUGGGUGGCUGGGUGGGCAUCAUCGCCAGCACAGCCCUCCCGCAGUGGAAGCAGUCCUCCUAUGCAGGCGACGCCAUCAUCACGGCCGUGGGCCUCUACGAAGGGCUCUGGAUGUCCUGUGCCUCCCAGAGCACUGGGCAGGUGCAGUGCAAACUCUAUGACUCACUGCUCGCCCUGGAAGGUCACAUCCAGUCCGCGCGAGCCCUGAUGGUGGUGGCCGUGCUCCUGGGCUUUGUGGCCAUGGUCCUCAGUGUGGUCGGCAUGAAGUGCACUCGGGUUGGAGACAGCAACCCCAUCGCCAAGGGCCGCAUCGCCAUCUCUGGGGGUGUCCUCUUCCUCCUGGCAGGCCUCUGCACUCUGACAGCCGUCUCGUGGUACGCCACGCUAGUGACCCAGGAGUUCUUCAACCCCAGCACACCUGUCAAUGCCAGGUACGAGUUUGGCUCGGCCCUGUUUGUGGGCUGGGCGUCCGCCGGCCUGGCCAUACUGGGGGGCGCCUUCCUCUGCUGCACCUGCCCGGAGCCUGAGAGAUCCAACAGCAGCCCGCAGCCUUACCGGCCUGGCCCCUCGGCUGCGGCCCGAGAGUACGUCUGAGCCCCGCACUCCUCCGGCCCCUGCAGCACCCUGGCCAGGGCCAGUAGGGCACAGUGUGCCCCGCGAGCUCGGUUCCCAGCCCGUAGGUGCACACGCGUGUCCCGGUACAGGAGUGGACCCGUCUGCACAGCACAUGUGCACCAGCACGUUUCCUGUCCAGGUGCCGUCACUUUUCCAGGGCGGCUUAUUUACUCCCUGCAGGGCGACACGAGUGUCUGCUCUGUGCUGGGCCCUGGGAUCACAGCCACGAAGACGACCCUUGGUGCCCCAUGCCCUGGGGUGGCCUGAGCCUUUCCCCUCCGCAGGCUGACAGGCUCCUCACAGCAACCGCAUGCAGGGGGCAGUGCCAGGAUGAUGAAUGUCCCCCCUUACAUGCGAGGAAACAGGUUCAGGGAGACCAAGAGGCUUGGCCCCUCUGUUUCUGAGUUCAGGUCUCAGGCUCUGCCAGUCUGCCCAGCACCGUGUGGACACCCACAGGCAUGGCUAGGCCAGCACGUGUCACACCCGCCCCCAGGAAUGGGCCCCAGGGAGGGCUGCCGUGGGGGCCUGGGUCUGACUGCGCCGGUCAGUCCCUGCGUGUGGGCCCGCACCGCACAUCCCCUGCCCCCCGUCAUGCUGCUCACCCCACUAACCAGCUCUCCUCUCUUUUGACUUUCAGACCAGUUGUUAAGUUGUCCGCCUCCACCAAGGGCCCCCUGGGUGUGUAAUGUCCAGGUCCCCAAUUUGACUCUGUCCCCUGCCACACCUGGACUGUGUGUUUGUUAUUUUUUGGAAAGAGAAGUGAACACCCAGCCCCAAGUGUGGUGUCAUUUGAUGUGUCCCUGGCAUGGCUACAGUGGGUCCUGGCUCGGAGAGGUCAGAGCUGGUCCCUGGGGUCUUCGGGCAUAAAGAUGGGGAGACAGACCUGCAGGGUGGGCUACACAGCACACCCCAUGCUGAUCGGGGCUCCAGUGACCUCCCUAGCCUGAUUCUUACCUCAGAGCCGGGGUGGGGGCACACGGGAGAAGCUCACCACAUGGAGAGGGACCGUAGGGCCUUUUAGCCACUCCGAUUGUCCUGAACAAGGUUGCAAGUCCCUAAUGCUGCCCCUUCCUCCACACCCACUCUUCCUCCUCUCCAGUCUGCUGAGAUCCCCCUCCAUCCCUGCUCUGGAUCCAAGUAGAGAGGGGCGGCCUCAGGCUGCCUGUGGCCAGAGCCCCGUCCUCAGGCCGAAGGGUGAGGUCCCCGCUGGAGGGGCUUUCAGUCCCGAAGUAAGAUACACCUUAGUAUGGAAGGAGGAGCCGUCCUCAGAGAGACCUAGGGAGGAAGGUGAACCCCCAUCAGCACCUGCCCUCAUGCUCAGGCC